GCUGAUGUCCAUUAAAAUAACAUCAAAUUGAUCAGAAAUGUAGAGUAGACACCCGCAAAACACCAGUCUCAACGUCAACAGUGAUGCUGGCCUUCUAGGCAGAGUUGCAAAGAAAAAGACAUAUCUCACUGGCCAAUAAAAAUAAAAGAUUAAGAUGGGCAAAAGAACACAGACACUGGACAGAGGAACUCUGCCUAGAAGGCCAACAUCCCAGAGUCGCCUCUUCACUGUUGACGUCGAUACUGGUGUUUUGUGGGUACUAUUUAAUGAAGUUGCCAGUUGAGGACUUGUGAGGUGUCUGGUUCUCAAACUAGACACUAAUGUACUUGUCCUCUUGCUCAGUUGUGCACUGGGGCCUCCCACUCCUCUUUCUAUUCUGGUUAGAGACAGUUUGUGCUCUUCUGUGAAGUACACAGCAUUGUAUGAGAUCUUCAGUUUCUUGGCAAUUUCUCGCAUGGAAUAGCCUUCAUUUCUCAGAACAAGAAUAGAUUGACGAGUUUCAGAAGAAAGUCUUUGUAUCUGGCCAUUUUGAGCCGGUAAUCAAACCUUCAAAUGCUGAUGCUCCAGAUACUCAACUAGUCUAAAGAAGGACCGUUUUCUUGCUUCUUUAAUCAGAACAACAGUUUUCAGCUGUGCUAACAUAAUUGCGAAAGGGUUUUCUAAUGAUCAAUUAGCCUUUAAAAUGAUACAUUUGGAUUAGCUAACACAACGUGCCAUUGGAACACAGGAGUGAUGGUUGCUGAUAAUGGGCCGCUGUACACCUAUGUAGAUAUUCCAUAAAAUAAUCUGCCGUUUCCAGCUACAAUAGUCAUUUACAACAUUACCAAUGUCUACGCUUUAUUCCUGAUCAAUUUGAUGUUAUUUUAAUGGACAAAAAAAGUAUUUUCUUUCCAAAACAAGGACAUUUCUAAGUGAGCCCAAACGUUUGAACGGUAGUGUAAGUAGAGUAGCAUCACUAUUUUACCUGAUGAAAAUGUGUUCCGAGGAGUUUUCAUGUGUAAAUACACUAAUUUAUAUCACAUCCCCUUUCUCUCUCAUACAUCCCCUCUCUCUCACACAUCCCCUCUCUCUCACACACAUCCGCUUUCUCUCUCACACACAUCCCCUUUCUCUCUCACACACAUCCCCUUUCUCUCUCACACACAUCCCCUUUCUCUCUCACACACAUCCCCUUUCUCUCUCACACACAUCCCCUUUCUCUCUCACACACAUCCGCUUUCUCACACACAUCCCCUUUCUCUCUCACACACAUCCCCUUUCUCUCUCACACACAUCCCCUUUCUCUCUCACACACAUCCCCUUUCUCUCUCACACACAUCCCCUUUCUCUCUCACACACAUCCCCUUUCUCUCUCACACACAUCCCCUUUCUCUCUCACACACAUCCCCUUUCUCUCUCACACACAUCCCCUUUCUCUCUCACACACGUCCCCUUUCUCUCUCACACACGUCCCCUUUCUCUCUCACACACGUCCUCUUUCUCUCUCACACACGUCCCCUUUCUCUCUCACACACGUCCCCUUUCUCUCUCACACACGUCCCCUUUCUCUCUCACACACGUCCCCUUUCUCUCUCACACGCCCCUUUCUCUCUCACACGUCCCCUUUCUCUCUCACACACACGUCCCCUUUCUCUCUCACACACACGUCCCCUUUCUCUCUCACACACACGUCCCCUUUCUCUCUCACACGUCCCCUUUCUCUCUCACACGUCCCCUUUCUCUCUCACACGUCCCCUUUCUCUCUCACACACACGUCCCCUUUCUCUCUCACACACACGUCCCCUUUCCAGGUUAAGCGAGCAGUGUGUCAAGAAGCAUUGCAGCUUGGCAGGGUCGUGUUUUGGAGGACGCAUGGCACUUGACCUUUGCCUCUCCCAAGUCCUUGCGGACGUUGCAGCGAUGGGACAAGACUGUAACUACCAAUUGGAUAUCAUGAAAUUUGGGAGAGAAAGGGUGGUGAUUUUUGAGGCCAGUGGGACCAAAGAAGCCCUGUUCAUGAUGCAGCAGACUGACAGUCACAGCAGGUCAUCUGUCCUGGCAGUCUUCAAAAAGAUUUGGGUGAUGGCCCUCUGUGUGACGUGUGUGCUGGCUGUCACACUGUCAGUUUUCCCUGCUGUCAGAACCGAUACUUUCUCUGUAUCUGCUGCUUCAUCGUCUUUAACGUCAUGCACCUGAUUGGCCGCAGUGUCACCUCCAUGGUUCAGUGGCCCUCAAAGAGAAGCGGUCUGUUCCCUGUGCUCGUGGUCUCCCGUGUGGUCUUCAUCCCUCUCAUCAUGCUGUGCAACACUGACAACCGCCAGUACCUGCCAGUCCUGUUACAUUUACAUUUACAUUACAUUUAAGUCAUUUAGCAGACGCUCUUAUCCAGAGCGACUUACAAAUUGGUGCAUACACCUUAUGACAACCAGUGGAACAGCCACUUGCAUCUAAAUCUUGUUGGGG